AAAGCACCGGAAAAGCAAUUUGUUGUCACCCGGACGGAAAAUUUUUAGGUGUGUUUGUUUUUUACUCCCUUUCCUUAACAGGUUUCGAUUGUCUAACAAGACCGUGUCAAAUAUAAACCCUGAGGUGUUUGGAUUCUCAUUAACCGACUGAAAAAGCAACAAAACUGGCCCCUCCGCUUCCUGUCACCAUGCCUGCCUUGCUGGAGAGACCCAAGCUGUCCAACGCGAUGGCCAGAGCCCUCCACAAACACAUCAUGAGAGAGAGGGAGCGCAAGAGGCAAGAGGAGGAGGAAGUGGACAAGAUGAUGGAGCAGAAGAUGAAAGAAGAGGAGGAGAGGAAGAGGACAAAAGAAAUAGAAGAGAGGAUGUCUUUGGAAGAAACCAAAGAACAGGUAAUGAAGAUGGGGGAGAAACUCCAGGGCCUCCAGGAAGAGAAACACCAGCUCUUCUUACAGCUGAAGAAAGUGCUUCAUGAAGAGGAGAAACGACGCAGAAAGGAGCAAAGGUGUUGUUGGUAUUUCCUCUUUAGUGACAUCACCAGUUUGACCUCAGCCAGCUACCAGCCCAGUCUGCCCAUGCAUGCCGGACAGCACCUCCUCAGCAUUCAAGGCAGUCCGGUCAGCCACAGUCGACCCGGCGCACUGCUUGGCGAACGUAGCAAACAGCUGUUCCCCACCACUGUGCUUCCAGUGAAUUCAGGAAGAUUUCACUCGAGAUACCAAAUCUCACCAUCUCUCUCCACAGAGACCGAGGGGGAUUUACGGGGACGUCACUAUCAGGCGCCUGGGUUUAGCUCAGGAUCAUCUGAGCACGGACAGUUUAGUGGAGGUCAGGGGGUACACGAGCCCUAUGGGGUAGCCCAGAGCCAGCAUCCCUCCAGCUACGCCCCUGGACCUUCUGUACCAGUCAGCUUUGCAAGCAGCUCUCAGAUCAGAGGUGCGUCUGCAUUUCAGGCCAUGCAGUACCUCCCCCACCAGCAGCCUGGAUACCCCGUCCACAGUCACUUCACCUCCCAGCCUGGAUACAUCCCUGGUGCCGGAAUCCCUCUGCAGAAGCAGCUGGAACACGCCAACCAACAGUCAGGCUUUACUGAUGCAGGCGCUUUGAGGCCCAUGCAUCCACAGGCACUCCAUGCUUCUGCUCCAGGCAUGCUCCCAACACAGUCCAUGGCGGUCCAGAUUCCCACUGCAAAGGCUCCAUUCCAGAGCUCUUCCCAGGGCGCGCCUUCCCGCCACAGCUUUCUCCCACACACCCAGAGCGGGCAGCGGUUCUAUCACCACGGCAAAUAAAAACCCUAACAAGCUCCACACAGCUGUCAUUAUCCCAGAGGAGCUGAGGUUGACUGAAGA